CCGGCCCGGCCCGGCCCGGCCCGCCCCGCCCGGCCCCUCACAACCUCUCACGGCGGGGCCGGGCCCGGGCUCUCCGAGCUCGGGAAAAAACUGCAACUUUGGGAAAGUCAGGGCUGGGAACCCGCGGGGAGUGUGGGGAAACGCAGCGACUUGGUGAAAAGGCUCGCUGAUUUCACGCUGUGAAAAACUGCCGGUAUCCAGCAACUUCCUGAGAAAGCGGCAGAGGAGCGGCGGGUUUGGGAGAGCGUUAAAGGAAACCCGGCGGGUGUCUGAGGAGUUGUGGAUUCGCAAAGAAAAACAGCCCAAGUUUCAAAAAGAGCAGGUUUUCAAGGGAAAAUACAGUUCCGAACUGCGUCGGUGAAGAGGCGAGUGCCGGUGCUGCGAGGACAGCGUUAUCCCGGCCGCUCCAUGGCUGCGCGGCGCUGGAGGGGUCUCCCCUCUGGGAAUCUCUCUGAUUGUCCCAACGGCUCCCGCUGGAUCAUGGAUGUGUUCCAUGAGUGUGCCCAGGACAGCUGGGAUGUCGCCAGCAUCGUCCUGGGGAUGGGCUCCAUCGGCUGCUUCAUCGCCGCAGCCUUCCCGCAGUUCUACCAGGCCUGCAGAACGGGCAUCAUGGACCAGGCUCUCUCCAUCUAUUUCCUGCUGGGAUGGCUGGGUGGAGACCUCCUCAACCUCGUCGGCUCCUUCCUGGCUGAUCAGCUGCCCCUGCAGGUGUACACGGCCAUUUACUACGUGCUGGCAGACCUGGCCAUGCUCUCCCUCUACUGCUACUACCGGGUGAAGAACGGGGGCAGAGCGUUCCCUGCUCCCAUCAAUGCAGCCUUUGUGUUCCUCUCCGUGGGGUCCCUGUCCAGCCUCUCCCUCCUGGGCAGUGCCAGCACCGAGGCUCCAGGGGCUUUCAAGGGGAGGUCUCUGCUGUCAGCUCCUGGGGAUGAGCUUGGACCAAAGCCUUUCUCCAGGACUGAAAUCAUUGGAUUCACCAUCGGCUCCAUCUCCUCCGUGCUCUACCUGUGCUCCCGAGUGCCCCAGAUCCGCACAAACUACAAGAGGAAAUCCACCAGCGGGAUCUCCUACUCUCUGUUUGCCCUGGUGAUGCUGGGGAAUUCCCUCUACGGCCUCAGUGUCCUCCUGAAGAACCCGGAGCCAGGCCAGGGCCAAGGUGACUACAUCCUGCACCACCUGCCCUGGCUUGUGGGCAGCCUGGGUGUGCUGGCCCUGGACGUGGUUAUCUCCUUCCAGUUCCUGGCCUAUCGGAAAGGACGGCCUGGCACCCCCGAGGAGAGGGGUGCUCUCCUGAGGGAGCCGGAUGAGAGCCCAGAGAGCUGACAGAGGGACCUGCCCUGCAGGGAGAGGAGGAGGAGGAGGAGGAGGAUGCACACGAGGAAGGUGGCCUUAGGGCUGGGCAGACCAGCCCCUCCAUCCUGGUGGCUCCUGGCAGAAAGGCCCCGAGGGCGACACAUUGUGCUACUGAGGCAGUGGCAGAGGAUGCUGCUGGGACACCUGGUGCCUCUUUGAUACCAAUGAUGCUUUCAGGAUAAAAGGGAAUUUUUUGAUACCUCA